AUGCGCAAAAUCUACCGCGUUGGUGGCAAGUGGAAUAAGCCAGACUGGUACGACCCCUUUGGAUCGGACCCAAACCAUCCAACACUCAUCUGCGUCAAAGAGGAGGCGGAACAUGCGUUACGCAAGCGGCAGAUCUCUUCUCUUUACUCAAUGUCUACUUUGGUUCAUUACGAGCCUGCCGUCGACCGAGCAGUUGAGGUUUGUAUCAACAGGCUGCAGGACUUGUCAGUCAGUCACCGGGAUGAACGUGGUGCACCAUUUGACUUGCCCGAAUUCUUGCAAUGCUUAGCCUUUGACAUUAUUUCCCAGAUUACCUUUGAUGAAAGUUUGGACCUGAUGACGCGAGGGCCCAAAACUGACGGGCUUCUUGGAGCCAUCCGGAGUGUCUUCUACGUGGCUGCAAUCAUGGCUCCAGUUCCUGCCUUAUACAAUUUUGUUCAGCGUCUGGUCAGUUUCGUCGGCCGCUUUUACUCCAACGCAUACAGUCCUCUUCAGAAACUUUUGGCCCUGGUAUCAGCGAAAGCAGAGCACUACCAACGAAUGACCGGUGUCAGAAAGUCUGUGAGCGAUAAAGGUGAGCCGUUCGUUGCCAAGGUCGUCGGUCUUGUUACCGGAGGGAAACUCCACCCUAGGGGCAUACUCGAUACUUGCGGCUCCAACUACGUGGCCGGGUCAGACACCACGGGCAUCGCGAUAUCGGCGAUUAUAUGGCACAUCUACCAUCACCCCGAGAAGCUGACCAGGCUACGUGCUGAGAUCGAGGCUUCGGGACCUGGACCGAUACGUUUCGCGCAGGCGCAGGCGCUGCCAUAUCUGAAUGCUGUGAUAAGCGAGGCGAUGCGGCUGCACCCGUCCAUUGUCUCGAUAUCCCCAAGAGAGGUGCCCGAAGGGGGAGAGUAUCUCGCAGGUCAUUACUUCCCUGCCAAGACGCAGGUGGGAGUGAGCGCUUGGUCGAUUCACAGAAAUCCGGAGGUCAGUGGACCUGACGCAGAUGUCUUCCGACCUGAGAGAUGGCUUGAGAAUAACGGGAACGCUUUGGGGAGUGAGAAGAAGGCGGAAAUGUCAUUUGCUUUCGCCGGCGGCACUCGUUCUUGUCUCGGAAAGAACAUAGCCCUAUUGGAGAUUACAAAGGCUGUACCGGAAAUCGUGCGACGAGUCGAUCUCGUCUUUGCCGAACAGUCGUACACAAAUGUGACUUGCGGCUUAGUGUGGCCGCAGUAUCACGUGUGGAUCAAGCAAAGUGGUUAA